AUGUCUACCAGCUCGCCAACAGACAGUAAGAAUGCCGCCGAUGCAUUCGACAUUGAGCGACAAGCAUCCGUAUCUGCAGCUGCAGCUGCGGUGCCAGUCGCACCAAAGUCUCUCGGCGCAGGUUCAGCCCUAGCUCUGGGCGCAUUCGGCACAACUUUGACCACCCUAUCCCUCAGUCUGAUGGAAUGGCGCGGCGUGACCAUCACCAACGUCUACGUGGGCAAUUUCUUCUUCAUCGCAGCAUUUGGACUGGUCAUCACCGCACAAUGGGAGCUCUCGGUGGGAAAUGGUUUCGCCUACACAGUAUUCAGUGCAUUCGGUCUCUUCUACGCCGGCUACGGCGCGAUCCUCACCCCGGCCUUUGGGGUCGCACAAGCCUACGGAUCCGACACAACGCAGUACAAUAAUGCGCUGGGGUUCUUCAUGAUACUAUGGACAAUAUUCGUGUUCACAUUUCUCAUCGCAUCAUUGCCAAUCAAUCUGGCGAAUAUUGCAGUGUUCUUCUUUGUGGAUCUGGGAUUCUUGACUGUGGCGGCGAGUUACUUUGCGGAUGCGGAUGGACACGCUGAGUCGGCGCGAGCAUUGCGCAAGACCGGAGGGGCAAGUUGUUUCGUGGCGGGGAUGGUGGGGUGGUAUAUUGUGUUUCAUCUGUUCUUGAAGGAUAAUAGUCUGUUGGAGUUGCCGUUGGGGGAUACGGGGAGGUAUUUUGCGAAGAGUAGGAAAGGGAGGGAAGAGUAG